CCAAAGCGCAUGUACCUCUACAUAAAGACAUUCAAAUAUCUAACCUCUAAUCUGAAAGUAAAACGACUAAUAAAUAAUCGGUUCUUUUAGACAGUUUAUUUUUUUAUUCUGAAGAGGACUUUCGAUAUGGAUAUAAUUCAGAUAGUUGAUGCAAUCGAUAAAUAUGCAGAGAAUGGAAAAUAUCGGGAACUUGGGGAAUUCUUGUGUAAUAAUUUCGAAGUGAAACAAAUCGUCACGUUCAUUCAAGACAAAGUGUUAACAUUAGAGUUCGUAAAGAUUUGGAAAAAUAUGUUACUAGCCUUGUCUCAUUUUCAAGAAAAGUGUAUAACCAUAAUAACAGCAACGUUGAAGUUUGUUGAUGAGAAUGAAAUACCAACUGCUCGAGUGAAUGAUUUAUUACAUUAUAUAAUUAAUGCCUUACCAAAAUUUGAAACUCAGUAUCUGGUUGCCCUCCUAAAAUUUUGUUUGAAAGGUUUCCAAAAUAUGAAUUCUUGUACACUCUGCUGGAAAGAUAUAUUUCCAGAAAUAGUAAGCAAGUUAUCUGAAAAAGAGUCUAUUGAAUUCGAAGGGAAAUGUUUGAGUGGAAAAGAAGUUGAAAAGGAAGUUGUGAAUAUAUUAUGUUCUUUACAAUGGGAGCCUUCCAGAGUUGUUAUUGUUAUCUCGAUAUUAUGUGAAAUUCCUCUGAACAAAGAAGAUCAUAUCAAAGUUCUGAAUAAAUUAGGUUCUUAUAUGGAAUCCUUAAUGCCCCAGGAGGUUCCAAGUUUCACAUACCAGCUAUUAAGGUUCUGCAAAACUCAGUGUUUUCUCUCUGUAGUUAUAAUGUUACAGCAAUACUUUGGCUUAAGAUUGUACAAAGCAAUCAUAGGUUCUGUUGAUUUAUCCAUCGAUGAAGAUGAACAAAAUAAUGAAAUAAAACAAUACGAGGAAGCAGAACUUUCGGUUUUUUAUCACAUAAGGACGUUGGCAUCUCAUAAUUCCUUUGCAAUUAAAGAUUAUUUGGUAUUUCUGAAAACGAUCAAUAAAGCUCCUGAGUUUAUUCUUCAUCCUUUUCAUAUUAAAGUUUUACUUGUUAUUUUUGAGGUUGAAGAUUACAGAGAUAAAGUAUGGGAUAUUCUGAAAUCUCUAAUACUGAGGUACUUCAAUGAAAAAUCCAAAAGAGAAUCUUCAAUUUGGUUCAGUCGUAUGAGUUCCAAACUCAUGGAUAUAGAAACUAUAAUUAAUACUUUGAUAAACAGCAGCACAUCAUUUGAUAUCUCAGAGAGUUUACUUAACUUUGGUUUGAUGCUGUUGAAUGUCAAAAGUGCACUACCUCAUAUAGUUGAUUCUAAUGUGCUAAGAUUGUGGAAUUUGGGAAAAACAAUUGUUCAAAAUAUAUUGCAGAAAUUCUCUAAACAUAAUACUGCUAUACUGGAUCGAAUAUUGACAAAUAUGCGUGCAAAUAAAAAUAUUGAUUCGCAUUUAGAGUGCCUAUCUGCAUGUAAAAAAACUGUACUCAUGGCAAUGGUUACACAACAAAAAUUUAUGUAUGAUAUAAUGGAGGACUUGCAGCAAAUUCCUGGAAAUUCUGCCAUCCUUCUUCUGGAUAUUGUUCUACCUUUGACAAAAUUGAACAGCAAUGUUAAAGACCAAACCAUUUUACUCUUUAGAAAAUCCCUCUACUCUAGUAAAACAGAAACCAGACAAAUGGCAGUCGUUGGUUAUACAAAAUUGUUAAUGAAGAUUCCCAUAAAGAAUGUUGAAAGUUUGAGCCAAAUGAGUAGUUCUUUGAGUUCUUCAUCAUCAGGUCCUUCUUUGUUCACACAGUUGUCCCUGAACCGAAGUCAAUCACAAGGACACUUCAGUAACGAGGCCCUUAGUUGGGAGAUUCUGAGUAUAUUGAAAAGAUGCUUCAUGCAAAAGCUCGAAGUAAGAAACCAAUUAUAUGAAGGUCUUUUUCAAGCUGCUUAUGAGAAUAAAGACUUGAGCGUUCCCAUUCUAGAAAUUUUAUGGACCCAGAUUUCUAAAUAUUAUAUAAUAGAAGAAGAAACUCUACCACCACUAGAUUUUUCGAAACUUUCAAUUGUCAAAGAUAUUAAUGUUAUUCAACAGGAAACUUUUGGAAAACUUUUAUAUGUUAUUGGUCUAAUCCUUGUACAAAUUCAGAGUGAAGAUUUUCCAUCAACUGUAGAAAAAUUUCAGAUGGUUUUGGAUUCCAUUUGUGAAAGAAUGAUAUCAUGUGAACUUAUACAUUUUGAACUUGAUGAUGGGACAGAUCUUUCAGAUCCCUUACCUGAAUGUAAAGAAAAAGUCAUCAUUCUACAAGAAGCAAUGAGAGUUUGCGAAGCUUUAAUAGCUUAUAAAAUUAAAUCUUGGAAUAAUAAGUCAGAAAACAAUGGCACCCAAAUAAUUUCUCUGUUCAAAACUCAUAGUAGAUUGCUUCAUUUUGCCAAGAAUAUAGGAAAAGCUAAGAAACAGAGGAAGAAGAAGGAUGAUAAUGUCCAGAAAAGUGCCUUGGCUUUCCGACUUCCUGAAACUGUUUUGGAUGUGAAUAUAUUGGUCAAGGCUUUGCAACUGCUGCAUGAACCAGUAGUUGAAUGGACAUCAAUGGUAGAGGCAAACGUAGUGAGAUCCAGCAGAGAAAUUCACAGGCAUUUUUUUCAAUCCAUAAAACAAAUAUUCUCCAGUGCCAAAAACAAAAAGAGCAAAAACAAUUUUGCUUGUCCAAGGAUAAAGCCAGAAGAGGCAUAUGAAAUUGCUUGUAUUAUAUACAACAGAUGCAUAAAGAAUUUGGAUAAUUACAAAGAUUUUGACAGUAUCAGUGCUAUCGAAGCUGCAGAAUGUUUCCAAAUUAUACUUGGUUUUGUAAGCCCUUACGAGGUUAAUAAAGAGACUUUUGAUCCUUUAAAAGAUGAGGAGAGUCAAUUAUACUUGUGGAAUAUCAUCAAAACAUAUCAAAAAUUGUUUGAAGACCAUGAAGAAUUAGAAAACGAGGACCCUGAAAUGAAGAAAUUACCUCCAGUGCUUCUAAAUACUUUGACUCUUUUAUUUUCACUUAUGCCAUCAGAAAUUAGUGGUUCUUCAAAAGAGUUUUAUAAUUGGAUGGUACAAUAUGCAAAGGAUCAGACACUUAGCAGCAAACCAAGUGCAACACUGUUCUUCUCACUUCUUUUCAACAUGCACUUGAAAUAUGAACUAGACUCUAAACUUUUCAAAUGUAUAAUUUCAAGUAUUGGGAAUGUACUUGGUAUGACACGAGAGGAAGAGGGAGAAGCAGAAGAAGAGUGUUUCAAAAUAGUCAACGAGAUCUCUGUUAAUAGUGCAUUCACAACAAUAAACAAUGCUCUUAAAUCAUUGCUGGACGAUGUAGAAAUAAUUUUAACAAAACUAAAAUGUGAACAUAGUUUCAGAACGCAUGUGCCAGUUUAUGAUAGCACAAAAUUCAAGAAAUUAACAGCAACCGCUGCACUAUGUAGGAGGCAAAGCCUUUCCGAGAAGGAAGCAAGUGUCUCCGAGUUACUUUAUGUCAUAGCAAAACUUCUUGAUGGUCUGACCGCUGCGAUAAUCCCACCAGGAUUGAUGGCUGAGCUUCUUCUUCGAAAUAUCAUUCAGAUUUAUUCCAUACUAGUGAAUUUCGCAAAAUAUUUCAGCACACUAUCAACUACUGCCAGCGCAGCUAUGAGGGGUGCACGCUUUGAAGAAUUGGUCAAAUUUAUUGGACGACAGUUAUCUCCUGAUAUAAACUUCUUCAUAUUGCACUUAGAAGAAGAAGAUAAGAAAAACCAAUUAGCUCAAACCAAGAAGAAAUCACAUGGUGUUACUUCCCGCAAAGAAGAAAUAUUGAAAAAUACUCGUUGCAUACCCAAACUGGUUUAUGUGAUGGAACAAUUUAGUAAAUGUAUAAUGCACCUGUCUAAUAAAACCAAAUUUGAUUUACAUAAAUAUAUUGGUCAAGGAACAACUCGAGAUUUCAGAAUUCUAGUUAAUGAGCUCGAUAUUCCGGAGAAAGAUGAGAGUGAUUCACAAGAGAACAAUGAAAAUGAAGAAUUAGAUGGUGGUCAAGAAGAUAAUGAAGAUCUUGAUACUCCAGUGAGUCAUGAAGAUAAUGAUGAUAGAAUAGAGGAGAAACUCGAUGACCUAGACGAAGAAGAACAACAAGACAGUGAUAAUGAGGACAUAUUGGAGAGUUCUACUGAGGAUAAUGAAGAAGAUAAUAGGAGAAUGCCGCCACCCAAGAAAUUGAAACGUUAAUAUAUGUUUCAGUUCAAUAUAUAUUAUUUUUCAAUAAAUAUGUGCUUGUAUUA